AUGGUCAACACUGCCAUGAAGAAGGAUGGAUUGGAUAUCAAUAUUGGUGUUCUUGACAUUUACGGCUUUGAGAUAUUCAUGAAAAACGGAUUUGAGCAGUUUUGCAUUAACUUUGUGAACGAGAAGCUACAGCAGAUCUUUAUUGAGCUGACUUUGAAGGCUGAGCAAGAGGAGUAUGUGUCUGAGGGAAUCAAAUGGACUCCAAUUGAUUACUUUAAUAACAAGAUAGUCUGUGAACUGGUUGAGAGCAAACGUCCACCUGGUAUCAUGUCCAUAUUGGAUGACAUUUGUUUCCAGAUGCACGGCCAGUCCGAAGGAGCUGACAUUAAACUCGUUGAAAAAUUAGGUGGUGAGCCUUUGCCUGGUAAGGAGUACUAUGUUGGUUUCAGUGGAGGAUUCACUAUUCAGCAUUAUGCUGGGAAGGUAACAUACGAUUGUAAUGGAUUCUGUGAGAAGAACAGAGAUGUAUUAUUCAAGGAUUGUAUUGAGUUGAUGCAGGCCAGCCAAAAUCAGUUUAUUCGUUCAUUGUUUCCUGAUGAUAUCAGUCCUGAUAAGAAAACCAGGCCAACUACUGCUGGUAGCAAGAUUAAGACUCAAGCCAAUGAUCUUGUUGGUCGUCUAAUGAAGUGCACUCCUCAUUAUAUUCGCUGCAUUAAACCAAACGAGACAAAGAAACCUCACGACUGGGAGGAAGACAGGGUAAGACAUCAAGUUGAGUAUCUUGGUCUUAAGGAGAACAUAAGAGUCAGAAGAGCAGGCUAUGCCUUCAGAAGAGAGUUUGCUAAAUUCUUAAGAAGGUAUGCAUUACUGACUCCUGAGACUUAUCCUCGUUGGACUGGUCCAGUCCAGGAUGGUAUACGACACUUGAUGAUGUCAGUCAACAUGGAGCCGGACCAGUGGCAGCUGGGGAAGACUAAAGUGUUCAUUAAGAGUCCUGAAUCAUUAUUCUUAUUGGAGGAGCUCAGAGAGAGGAAGUAUGAUGCUUAUGCUCGUAGGAUCCAGAAGGCAUGGCGUCGUCACCGGUCAGACCAGUACUACCAGACACUGAAGGAGAGAGCGUCUGAUAUAUUGUUGAAUAAGAAGGAGAGGAAGAGGUUGAGUAUUAAUAGGAAUUUUGUUGGUGAUUAUCUCGGGUUUGCUGAUGAUCCUGCCCUACGUGCUCUUGUUGGUAAACGUGAGAGGAUAGAGUUUGCUCAAACUGUCAAUAAAUAUGACAGACGAUUCAAAUGCACCAAAAGAGAUCUUCUACUGUCAGCACAAUUUGUGUACCUCAUUGGUAGAGAAAAAAUAAAGAAAGGAUCACAUAAAGGUCAGUUUGUUGAAGUUGUGAAGAGGAAACUUCCACUUGAGACAAUAACAGCUGUAUCUAUGAGUAUAACAGUGACACUCAAGAAGGAGGAGUUUGACUGGAGAGGAGGGAACACUCGUACUAUGCAGUUCCAUCAAGCAGGAGGUGAUAAUCCUGUACUCAAACUCUCAGGGAAGACUCUUCAAGUCUCCAUUGGUCCAGGAUUACCCAGCAGCACUAGACCAUCCCAUCAGAGACUACCAGCUACCAAAGGAGGGAAGAGGCCAGGACUAGCAGCUCCUUCUUAUCAGCAACAAUCAAGAGGACCUCAACAGAAUUUGGUAAGAGAUAUUGCUGCUAAGCCAAAGAUGCUCCCUCAGUGUAAGGCAAUAUAUGAUUAUGAUGCUAAUGAUACUGAUGAACUAACAUUUAAAGAAGGAGACACUAUUGAACUUGUAAAGAAAGAUCCUUCUGGAUGGUGGACUGGUAAAAUUGGACGCAAGGAAGGAUUGUUUCCUAGCAAUUAUGUAGAGGAAAUGUAGCUCUAGACACUUGUAACAAGUUACUGGUGUGUAUUAUGAUAGGCAAACUGAUUUAUUAACAUUUAUUUUUAUUAUGUUCAAUUACUGUUUAAUAGUAAUGUGUGAGCUAGUCUGUUAAGUAAUAAAAGAGUUUGUUUGUGUAA